UUUUUUUGUCUCCCUCUUCACUACAGAAGAACUAAAUUCAGAAAACUCGGGUGAAAUUACUCUGUUGUCAAAACUUCAUAAUGACCUCACAAACAAGCUGGAUACCAGUCCUAAUGACGUUUCUUCUUCUAUUACAUUUUUGGAGAGCAAAGGUAUAUGCUUCUGGAAACUCAGAGGAAAUAGAUUUCACGUAUCUUAUUAUAGGAGUUACUCUGGGAGCCUUUCUAGCAAUUGCUUUUAUAGCAGUAAUAAUUUGCAUGAUCAAAAAACAAAUGCUUGACCAUGUCUUCAGAGGUCAAACAUGGGAUCAAGCCAGAACAGAGAUGACACCAACACACCAGAACAGCAAAGUACAAAUAAGCAAUGAUCCUUUUCCUAUUGACAGUUACCCAGUCUGAGAAUCAAUGGAUAUCUCUUGCCCACAAACAGGAAUCUCACUAGCAGUAAUUCCUUUCUUUGUUCUUUAAUUGAAAGACCAAUUGAUUGAUUGAUUACAGGAUGAGCUUACAGUGCAUGCUAACUUCCAUCACCUGCACCACAAAGCCCGUAAUCCCCAACAGCAUGCACAAGAAGGAAACAUAGGAGGAAAAUAAACAAGAUGAGCUCUGCUCAUUAGCAGAUCCUGUUUAGUCUGUGACAAGUGUAUGAUCGAUUUCUAAAAUCAGUUAAAUUCAGGGUAAACGAAAAGCUAGCAACAGUACAUUUCAGCUGCAGAAUUCAUAGUUGUGCUCAUAUUUCAAAUGAGGUUGAAUUAUCUUAAAACUCAUUCAUUUGAGGUUGAAGUAAGAUGGGAAAAAUGAUUUGUGUUAAUUUGAAAACAUUUCAUUCACACUAAAGUUUUAUUUUUUUAAUUUUAGGAUCAAUAUCUUUUGUUUAACUUUAGAUGAUAAUGUUAAUUACAGCUAUUUUAAAUGAACUGUGGUCAAUUACAAACAAAUGUUUUUCAUGUUUUGCUUUUAGAAAAUUGAAAUUAAGAUACUGUUGUAUACCCAAAAUAAAAACUUUCUAGACAUCUGAAAUGAAACGUUCCAUUUCAGCUUUCUACAAACAAGCCAAUCCACCACUUCCAAAAUCCACCCAUCUUCAUUUUUUUUCAGUAUAAAACAACGCACCAAAUUCAAUCUGAAUUCAUGAAUAGUUUCAGUCUCUCACCCCCUUCAUUCUUGUUCUAGCCUUGUAUAUUCUGUUCAAUUUGUUUCCAUCAGCUCUGCAUUACUUGGUUCUAGUUACAGCCUUCUUACACAUGACAAGAAGAAAGAAAGGCAACUGCUAGACUCAACUCCAGCCUGGAAAAUCCGUAUCUUAUUAAAAAGCGUGACUUGAAAAACUCAUGGAUACCAACCCAGUAAUUAACUUCCAGACUGUGAACAGCCACAGUCAGCCCUACGUGUUAUAGACAGAGCUGAUACCCUGAGUAGGGGCUCAGAGUCAAAACUGUCAGGAGCAGAAAUAUCAAAAUUAUGUUUCUAUGAGGAAGUUAUUUGCUAAAUACUAAUUGAAACUGAAAUGAUUUAGAUGUAUUUUUGUUCUGACCAUAGCAAGUCAGGUAAUGUUUCCAAAUGUACAAAGGAAACCCUAUUACUUGGAUUGUAAUUUUUUUGCAUGUUUUGAACAAGAAAAUGUAAGUUUUAUUUCAGAGAAAAGUGAUAUAUUAGAAUAAUCUCCUUGGGUUCCCUAGGUGUCUGUUACCCACUUCAGUUCCAGUGCAGUUCAUUAGUAGCAUUUGCUAAUGGAUAAACUGAAUGUGAUACUUGCUAGUAAUUGUGUGCGUCUACAUGUGUAAGUGAAUAAUCCACCUUGUAAGGUAUCCAUUAAUUGAUUUGCUUCCUUUAGUACCAUUUUAAUUAAGACUUGGAAAAGAAGAGAGCAUGUGGUCAGGGAGGGAAGGUAUUACCUUCCCUUAUUUGUGUAAACAAACAUUUCUUUUGCAUCAUUUUAUUAUUUGACAAGAAAUAACGAUGAAAAUAAACAAACAAACAAAAAAGGAUAAGUUACAAGCAGUAAGGGAGAAAGGCCUGGAGAAUUACUUAAUAAUCUAGAUCAGGCAAAGGCACUGGUCUGGAAAAUACAUAAAUCUGGUCCGUGUGACGUAAGAGAUGAGCCAGAUUCAACUCCUCCCAAACAGAAAGGACGGCAAAUUUGCUAACAAUCAAAACAGUUAAAAUCUGAAUCUUCUUUGGUCUCUCAUUCUCAUGGCUAUAAGUGAAGAAUCAGAACAUUUUAGUUAAGUAUUGUUUUGUUUGUAUUUUACAACCACACUUAAAUAAAUACAAAAUAAGGUUAUUACAAAUACUUCCACUAGCUCUUCUCAAAUGUAUGAUGACAUAGACCAGGUAUGAAAUACCAAGUGCCUGCUAAUGCAGAAUCUAGAACCACAGAAUCAUUAAGAUUGGAAAGGACCUCUAAGAUCAUCUAGUCCAACUACUGACACCAUGCCCACUAACCAUGUGCCUCAGUGCCGCAUCUCCAUGUUUCCUGAACACCUCCAUGGACGGUGAUUUCCUGAACACCUCCUCCACCUCCCUGGGCAGCCUGUGCCAGUGCAUCACCACUCUUUCUGAGAAGAAAUUUCCUAGGUCAGAAUAAAAGUUCACCUUCUCCAGAAGCCUCUUUGCCACAGUGGCUAGUAACAAACGCCUGCACAAAGUCUAAGCCCAGCAAACACAUGCCUCUACUUUCCUAGAAGAUACUACUGGCCUCCAGCAUGCUUCUGCUUAGCAUCACUAAGCCAAAAGAGAGGUUGUCGAGUUUGAUAUCUUCAGAUGAACUUACUUUCCGUAGUCAGAAGUAGUGGAUUCCAUAGAAAAUAUAUCUACUAAAAAAAUAGAGGCCUCACUCACUGUUACUACAUUAGUGAAUUUGCAUGGUCCCUACUCCCACAGUGUGAAAGCAAUUCCCAUACUCCUAAGAAGACAUGUUCACAAUUUAUAGAGAGGGGAAAUGAGACAUGGAGGUGCCAAAGUGCUGUGCCAAAGGCCAAUGCAGCCUCAGCAGAGCAGAGAAUACAGACAUUUUCCAAGUCCAAUGUGGGAGACCUAAUUAUUAUUAUGAGACCAUCAUUCUUCUUUACUGCUACCUCCAAGAAAAAUACUGCUUUUGGAAUGGUUAGAUGUUAAGUAUUUCACCUUAUUGAAUAUUAUUGGUCUUGAUUCUCAUAUUUCAGGCUUUAAGCCAUCGAAUAUCCCUAUGCCUUCAUUCACAGCUGUAUCAAGCACUUACAGCAAAAUCAGUGGUAUUGCUCUGGGGUUGAAUGCUGUGUGUAAUAAAAACAAGCCCAAAUGUUUCACAGGCAAACUGUGGUAUAGUGUGCAGGUCUUGUCUUCUGCAUUUAGUUAUAAAAAUAUCUUCCCUCCUACAAGUCAUGCAGUGCUUGCAGGAGGCCAGCAAUGUUUCAUCUGCAUUCCUUACACUGCUGCUGGCAGCACUCUAUCCUCAUGCAGGAAAUCCAUAAAGCCUUUCACUUUACAGAUCAGAUUCCACUUAUCGCUAUCAGAAAUCUUUCUAAGUCAAUGAACAAUUAAAAUAAUUACCUUUAAUCAUAUUCUUCAAUUACUCCACAGCAACAAGGGAAGACUCAUAGGACUGGGACCAGAUGCAAAGAUACUCUGCUGUGAUUAAAACUAGCUGAGUUGUUCCAAUGACGAUAAAAUACAGACAAUUCACCCCCUCUGGGAGAAACCCCUGUACGUUUUAAGCAGUUUCAUAUUUAAAGUCAUUAGAGUGGCUCAAAGAAAUGAAUGGAUACCUAUGGGGACUCUUUCAAAAGAGGUGCCACUUUGAAAGGGAUAUAAAGCAGAAAACAGCUACUCAGAAGAAAAGGCUGCAUAUUCACAGGAUGAGCAAAGCAGUUGUCAGUGCUGGGCAGGCUGGUUGAUUAAUCAAUCUAUCCUCAUCCUCCAGGUAUCUCCAGCAUCUCUGCCUCUGGGGGCUUGCUGUCCCUACUCAGGCCUUUAUAUGAGACAGUACUGGUGGCUUUUUGUCCAGGGGGUAGUUGCAGGUUGGCAGAACAGUCAAGGGACUUAGCCUGGGAACACCAGGGGAAUUGCUUUUGAUAGCAAACUGAUUACAGAAAGGAGAACUAAAUAUAAAAGAGACCUGACUGGUGUUGGGAAGGUACAGAAAGUGAUUGCAGAAGAACAGACAUAAUACAUGAACAACAAUCACCUCAAGGGAGUGUUGUAACCAAUUCAGAACCAACAGAGCAAGCAGACUGCCCCCCUCUAAGUUAAAAUACAUCGUGCUCUUGGGCUUGUAGAGAAUAGCUGGAAGCUCUGAUCUCUGCUGUAACAUACAGGCUCAGAAACCAGGAAAUCAACAGUAAUAUUAGUAACUAAUAGUAGUAAUAAUAAUUUAAAAAAACAACCAAACACAAAACUUCUAAAUUGUCAGAGCUAUUUUGUGCCUGCUAGCAGACAUUUGAAUUUUCAGAGUUGCAAACACAGGCUCAGUAAAUGGCAGGCUCACACCAGCUUGCUACUGAGAGGCAGUCACUUCCCAGUGAUACACACCAAGCCCAAAAAGUUUCUGUUGUACCAAGGGCAGAAGCACUUUUGGACUUAGCGUCCAAAAUGUCUGUGCCUGGACAGACAGCCCACGCUGGGCUGAGAACCUGCAACUUGUUGCACAGUGUCCCACCUACGCUCAUCUCUGCUUAGUGCUGGAGCUUGAACCACAGCAGCAUCCCAGCAACACCCACUAAAACUGGGCAGUCCCAGAGCAAAUGUCAAAGCCUUCUCUUCAAGGAGGAUUCAUGUGGUAUAGCCACCAGCAGUCCCUAAGGCACAUUUUGCUGAAGGGUUUAGAAGUGUAUCACAUUCAGAACUUGUCAUGGCUACAACUGGUUUUAAUUCUACUGUUGAGUUUAGCGGGAGCAAGACGAAGAUAUGACUGUACCAUCCAUGUAAGCCAUAGAUGUCUUCCCACCCUGACUAAGGAAAAAUAAAAAACCUCAUCUUGUGGUCUUGAUUAUUCAUGAAGUAAGAACCAGUCAUUGGCCUAGCAGCAUGCGGCUUUUCAGGCACCUUCCUUGGGAAUGUCACUGAUCUGAAAUGGGAAGGAACUAAGGGAGACUUGUCCUCAGUGGGACCAAAGAAAGCAUCCACAGCUCAGGGUGAAUCCAGAAGCAGAAACAAAUCAGAAUCAGGCUCAGAUCAAAUAACAGCUGCUAGUUCCCUGCUCCCAAGCUUUCCUACUGACUUAUUUAUUAUCUCCUUCUGCGUAAUUUGUCAUAAUCUCUGACUCGUCAGGCCAAUUAAUCAUGCUUCAGAAAAAAUGAGAUUUCUCACAAGGAGAUUAUCUGUCUCUGACAAACAAGGGAUAAUUCAAUUAGUUUCCUUUUCUAAACAUUUAUUAACUGGUUUUGGUAAAUUAGUCCUUUUUGUAAUUUAGCUAUAAUUUAGGAAGAUUUAAUAUGUCAUUAGGCACACCAAAUUCUGUGUUAGUAUAACAUUAUGGCUGAGAUUUUAAUUGCCCUAGAGUCAGGAACUGUAUACAUAAAC